UGAUUCAGUGGAUCAAAAUAUUUAUCCAUUGUUCUUCAAGCUGUAAUAACAUCCUCUUAAUAUUUCCAAAUGCAUUCUUCUUCUUCUUCAGCUGGUAAACAUGAUGUUUUUAUUAGUUUCAGAGGCGUAGACACUCGCGAUAAUUUUACAAGUCACCUCCACACCGCCUUAACGGAGCAGAAAAUCCCGACUUUCAUCGACUACAACCUCGUCCGAGGAGAAGAUAUUUAUCCGUCGCUCGUAAAAGCCAUUGAAGAUUCCAAGAUUUCAAUCGUUGUUCUUUCGGAAAACUAUGCAUUUUCGGGUUGGUGUUUGGAUGAGCUUGUGAAGAUUCUUGAUUGCUUCAGGAAUAAUGGGCAGAUGGUUAUACCUGUUUUUUACAAGGUUGACCCGGAUCAUGUUUGUGAUCAGACUGGCAGUUUUGGAGAAGCGUUUUUGAAGCAUGAAAUGGUGAGUCAGCUUAAAGUGCAGAGUUGGAGAACUGCCUUGACGGAGGUUGCGAAUCUUGCUGGCUGGGAUUCAUCCGUCACGCGGCCAGAAUCUGAACUUAUCAAGCAGAUAAUAAAAGAUAUUUUUGAAAAAUUGAGUAGAAUUUCUCCAAGUUACCACUUGAGAGGAUUGGUAGGCAUUGCGCCCCGAGUUCAAGAAAUUAAAUCUAUGUUAGCCUUGGAAUCAACAGAUGUCAGGUUUAUCGGGAUAUGGGGUAUGGGCGGGGUUGGUAAGACCACUCUGGCUCGAGCUGUAUAUGAUCGAAUAUCUACUCAAUUCGAAAGUUGUUCCUUUAUUUCAAAUAUGAUGCAGCAAUUGGAGAGUUGUACAUUGUCUCAAUUGCAAGAUCAACUAUUCUCAACAUUGUUGGACAAAGAGAGUGUUUCCAGGUGCACUCUUAAUUUAGGUUUGUCUUUUAUAAAGGAUCGUCUAUGUCGUAGGAAAGUUCUUGUUGUUGUCGAUGACGCGAAUAAUUCAACACAAUUGCAGCAGCUGUUGUUAGUCAGUGAGCCUGAUUUCUUUGGUUCAGGCAGUCGAAUUCUCGUAACAAGUAGGGAUAAACAAGUUCUCAAAAAUAACUGUGCAGCUGAUAUUUAUACAAUGCCGGAACUGAAUGAUGAUGAAGCUCUUCGUCUCUUUAGCCUAAACGCCUUCAGACAAGAACAUCCCAAGAGUGAUCAUUAUAAAUUACAAUCGAAAAGUGUGAUACGAUAUGCUAAAGGGAAUGCGUUGGCUCUUCGAGUUUUGGGAUCUGCAUUGUAUGAUAGAAGUGAAGAAGAUUGGGAAAGUAUGUUGAAAAGAUUAGGCAAUAUCUCCAAUUGUGAAAUUCAUAAUGUUUUGAGAACAAGUUAUGAUGGGCUCGAUUCUGAAGAGCAACGAGUAUUUCUUGAUAUUGCAUGUUUCCUUAGAGGAAGAUGCCGAGAAGAAGUGACCAAAAUAUUAGGUGGCUCUGAUUCGUCUGUGCAUUUUGCGGUUACUACUCUUAUUGAGAAGUCUCUCAUUACUGUUUCCUCGGACAACCGAUUAGAGAUUCAUGAUUUGCUGCAAGAAAUGGGCCAAAAACUUGUUGUUGAUGAAUCGAGGCAACCUGAAAGUCGAAGUAGGUUAUGGGACCCUGAGGAUAUCAACUACUUAUUGAUGGAAAACAAAGGAACUUCUGUAAUUGAAGGAAUGUCAUUGGAUAUGUCACUAGUAUCGAGUGAGAUUCACUUGAAACCUGAUACGUUUUCAAAGAUGCGUCAUCUCAGAUUUCUCAAGCUUUACUGGUCAGGAGGACAGUUUUCCAUAUGCAGAAAACAAAAAUUGCAUAUUUCUCGUCGAGGCCUUCUACCUCUUCCAAAGGAGUUGAGAUAUCUCGAGUGGACUGAUCUUUCUUUGAAAUCUAUACCAUCAAAUUUUUUUCCUGAAAAUCUGGUUGUGCUCAAUCUUUUUGGUAGCAAGGUUAAAGAGCUUUCCACAGGAAUACAGCAUCUUGUCAAUCUAGUAAAGAUUGACCUUUCGGGAUCUGAAUAUUUGACUAGACUUCCAGAUCUGUCAAAGGCUAGAAAUAUGGCGAAAAUCGACCUUAGUCGCUGCAGUAGCUUAGUGGAGGUUCACUCAUCCAUUCAAUAUCUCAACAGGCUGGAAUAUCUCAAGCUCGAGGGUUGUGUAAACCUGAGGAAUCUUCCGAGAAAAAUUGAUUCGAAGGUUCUUAAAUUUCUUGAUUUGGAGGAUUGCACAAGUGUAAAAAGAUAUCCAAAUAUUAUGCAAGGAAAUCUGCAAAAACUGAAUUUAAAUUGUACUUCAAUGAUUGAAGUGCCACCACCAGUUCAUCUACUUGUGUCAACACUUGUUGAAGUAUGGAUUGAGAGUUGCAGAAACGUCUCGAAUCUACCAGACAGUUUCCAUAAACUAAAGUCUCUUGAGAAACUCAGUUUAUGCAAUUGGUCAGAACUUGAGAGUUUUCCUGAAAUCUCGGAACCCAUGAAUCUAGAAUCAGUAGAUUUGAGUUACUGCAAAAAGUUAAAGAGGCUUCCGGAUAGCAUAUGUAAUUUAAAAUCCUUGGAAUUUCUUAUUUUAGAUGGAACAGCUAUAAAAGAAAUACCGAUAUCGAUUGAACAUCUGCAUUGCCUUGUCUCGUUCGAACUCAGAGACUGCAAAUACCUUGAAAGCCUUCCGAGUUGUAUCAGUAGACUUCCUGAACUUGGAAAUUUGUACAUAAAUGGAUGCACGAGUCUCCGAUCUUUACCUGAGCUUCCGCCGUCUUUACAAAUUCUAGAUGCACAUAACUGCAUAUCACUGAAUACUAUAUCGAUCAAAUGCAGAGAAUAUUGCAACCUUGCCCAUUUAGAUUUCACAAACUGCUCAAAGUUGGAUGAAAAUGUAUUAGGUGCUCAGUGGAUCAUUCAGCAUGCUGACAAUCCGAAUACUAUUAUUGUCUAUCCAGGAAGUAAAGUUCCAGAAUGGUUCAGUUUUCAAAGUAUGGGAGCCUCCGUUGUGACCCGGUUUCCCUUAAAUCAGGAUCAUUUGAAAGGAAUCGCGUUCUGCGUUGUCUUUAAAUUUAAGAAACUUCCAAAGGCGAUUCAUGAAUUGCGUUUUAAGAUCAAAUGCAUAGACAAAGGUGAUGAUUAUGUGAGCAUCUCUUGUCCAUGUAAUGCUGUGCCAGAGUCGGAACAUGUACUAAUUGUGUACAUUGAUCGCAUCCACCUCAAACAAUUUUCAGGAACUGUAUCUUCACUUGAAUUCCGUCCUUACGGGUCUUUCAAGUAUCCGAAAGUUGAAAGUUUUAAGCAUUGUGAGGUGACAAGAUGUGGUAUCCAUCUGCUACGACAUGAUGCAUUUGUCGGCGAUGGCGACGGACGGCAAUACUAGCUCCAAAAUCUUCCAUGUAAUAACUUCCUUUAUCAGGAUAUACUAAUAAAUACACUUAUAAUUAAUA